ACUUUUCAAAUGGCAUAAAAACCAAAAGGGCAGCCAAGAAAAAGCAGAAAAACCACACACACACACACACAAACCCAUUUCUUCUCUCUCUCGCAGCCCUCAUCUCUCCUUUCUUCUGCACUACAAUGAGUAACUCAAAGGAUGUGAGUGUGCAGGCACUCACAUGCACUUUGGUGUUGAUAUUUCUAGUUGGUUUUGGCAGCUGCAACAUAGACCAGGAUAGGGCAGAAUGUACAGACCAACUAGUAGGGCUUGCCCCGUGUCUUCCGUACGUCGGCGGUGAUGCCAAAACUCCAACCUUAGAUUGUUGCAGUGGAAUUAAAGAAGUGGUGCAGAAGAGCAAGAAAUGCCUCUGUAUCCUACUUAAGGACCGCGACGAUCCGAAACUCGGCCUUAAGAUCAAUUCCACUCUUGCUUUGAACCUUCCUAGUUCCUGUCAUGUACCUGUCAACAUAUCAACAUGUAUUGAUCUCUUGAAUUUGCCAUCAAACUCUUCGGACGCGAAGAUGUUCCGGGAUUUUGAAAACAACACUGAAGCUAGAAGCAACACUACUGCCCCUACAUCCAGCGUGAAUUCUACAAGCAGUGGUACAGUUGCUCAAGCAAAGAGUGAUGGUGGGAGCCUGGAAAAUAGAUUGAUGGGAAUAGAGAUGCUAUUUGGGACUUUUCUGGUGUUUUAUAUUUCACACUUAGUGUUUUAUGCUUGAUACAAGACUGCCUUGUCCUUAUUGCUGAUCGUUUUGUGUGUAAUGAUCUCUCUCUCUCUCUCUCAUCCUCUGCACUUCUCUCUCUAAUUAUAUAUUAAUCAAUUGGAUAUUAUUAUGGGGCGUGUAUGGAUCAAUUAGGAUCAUUCUAACCCCUUAUAUCAUGUUUUGUAA